UCUGUCUCUUUCCCUAAAACUAUUUUCUGAAUGUUCCUUUUCAUUUCCUGAAAAUCGUACCUUGGUGUGACAAUGAUCUUCAGAAUCUAAAGAUUAGGCUUCAUUAAUCUCUCCUCAAAAUAUAAGUUAGCGUGACAAUGGUGGAUGAUGAUAAAGCCUCCAAUGACUUUUCUUUACUACCUGAUCUGAAUGACGAUUUUUCAACACCCUUCACCAGUAUCGAAUUCGAUUCAUCCAUUCUUGAUCUCAUAAACUUGGAAGAUGGAGGAGAGACACCAAAUCUCUUACCAGAACAUAACCCAUUUCUUGAGUCUGUGAAUACAUAUCAAGAAGAUGAAGACCAACAUUUUGCUGUUGAAGCAGAGUCUCCAAAGGUUUAUAUUGCACCAAGAACCAUAAUAAACCAUCAUGACUCGUUUUCGCUAGACCCUAGAAUGGACACCAUCGAAGAUGCAAGGAUUAGCUUGCCGGACUCACCUAGAGGAAGCCAAGAUCUCACCCUCUCACGUCUUAAAGUUCCUGGUUCACCAAGAGCUCUCGUGCUUCCGAGAGCAUCUGGAUCUCCACGUUUCGAGUCUCCCACGAGUCCUGCUUUGAUCGAUACCGCUGCACCGUUCGAAUCCGUCAAGGACGCAGUUUCAAAGUUUGGAGGAAUCACAGAUUGGAAAGCACAUAAAAUCCAGACAAUAGAGAAACGUAAGACGGUGGAUCAAGAGCUUGAGAAGAUACAAGAGGAUAUGCCUGAGUACAAGAAACAAGCGUUUGUAGCGGAAGAGGCGAAACAGCAGGUGGUGAUGGAGCUUGAGAGGACAAAGAGCGUCGUCGAAGAGCUAAAACUGGAGCUAGAAAAGGCUGAGAAAGAGGAACAACAAGCUAAACAAGACUCUGAUCUCGCGAAGCUGAGAGUGGAGGAGAUGGAGCAAGGGAUAGCUGAUGAGUCUAGUAUUGCAGUCAAAACGCAGCUUGAGGUGGCUAAAGCGAGGCAUGUGUCAGCUGUUUCUGAGCUAGGAGUUGUAAGAGAAGAGAUAGAAAUGGUCUCUAAUGAGUACGAAUCUCUGCUGAAAGAAAAAGAAAUGGCAACGAAAAAAGCAGAGGACUCUGUUUUGGCAGCUAAAGAUGUGGAGAAACAGAUGACAGGUUUGACAAUAGAGGUGAUUGCCAAGGAGUUGUUGGAGUCAGCGCGUGCAGCUCACCUCGAAGCUGAAGAAAAGAAAUUAGAAGCAGCCAUGGCUCGGGACCAGGACGUUUACAACCGGGAGAAAGAACUGAAAAUGGUGGAAGAGGAGAUCGAGAGGUUUAGACAAGAGAUGCAUGCGUCAGAUGAUGUGAGAAUCAAAAUAGAGACUGCUUCUGUACUUCAGCAAGAUUUGAGGGCCGAGAUAACAUCUUACAAAGAUGACAACAUGAUGAUCGGAAAGAGAAACAACAGUGACAUACAAGCAGCGGUUGAUUCCGCAAGGAAAGAGCUUGAACAAGUUAAGUCCAAUAUUGGGAAAGCAAUCUCCGAGGUGAAAACACUGAAGAUAAUCGUCGGAUCAUUGCAGUCUGAACUUGAAAGAGAGAUGAAAGAUCUCUCUGAAACCAAACAAAGAGAAGCUCUUUCAGUUCAUAGAAACAGCAAAGAAGUAAGAGAGGAGAGAUGUUCAGAAAUAGCCAAGAAGUUACAAGAAGCUAACAAAGAAGCAGAAGAGGCAACGUCACUAGCCUUAGCUGCUCAAGAGGAACUGAGAAAGGCGAAGGGAGAGUCGGAAGAAGCGAGGGCAGGAGUCUCUGCAAUAGAAAGUCAGUUAGUUGAGGCGAAAAGGGAAAUGGAAGCGGCAAAAGCUUCUGAGAAGUUGGCCUUAGCUGAAAAAGCAUUGCAAGAGACUGAAUAUGCUACAAAGGUUGAAGACAUUAGUACACCAAGAAGUAUAAUAAUAUCCGUGGAGGAAUAUUAUGAGCUAAGCAAGCAGGCACAUGAGGUAGAGGAAGCAGCCAAUAGAAAGUUAGCAGAGAUCGUCUCUCAGAUCGAGGUGGCUAAGGAAGAGGAAUCAAGAGUCUUGGAAAAGAUAGAGGAAGUGAAUAGAGAAACAGCUUUUCAAAGGGAAAAGCUAAAGGAAGCAAUGGACAAAGUAGAGAAGGCUAGAGAUAAGAAGGUUAACACGGAUCACGAAUUGCGAAAAUGGAGUUCAGAGAACGGGAAGAGAAGCCCCAUGUCUAGUCCAGAGGGUGGGGACAAGGAGAAUCAUGACUUAGGCAAGUCGAAAUCGGCUUUGCAUUCAGCAAGAUCAUUUGCAUUUGGUGAAGAAGGAAGCAACAAUGUUGGAGAUAGUAGUAUUGUGACACCUGAAACAAAGAAGAAAAAGAAGAGGUUUUCUUUGCUGCCAAAGGUCUUCAUGUUCUUGUCCAGAAAGAAAUCGAACAAGUGAGCCGACUCCAGUUUCUUACAGGUAGGUUUUACCAUCCAUUUUUCGACUUAUUUUGUUUGUAUUUCAUUAUCGAAAUGGGUAGCAGAAUAUCUAAAUUUUAUACAUUUCUAAAGAAAAGGUGGUUGGUUAGAUUUCUUGUACAUAUAAAUAAUUAACGGUAACUAGUACACUUGUCGAGAAGUAUAUCGAAUUUCGCUAAAUCAAAUGUUCCUAAGAAGCAAGAAUUGAAGACGGUUUUGAUAAUGUUGUUAUGCCAUGGACUUGAGAGAUGCUCGACAAGAUUAUCAGAUAGGACCGGUUUGAGCCACAAAGGCUUGAAC